AUGCCGAGGCUGUCUAGGAAAGAUCGCCCGAGGAGAAAAGUAUCAAUCAAACCAAUUCAACUUCCACAACAUCAAAUCAAACUUAGAGAAAACACAAAGUGCCGUGUAGCUGGAUGGGGUUUUACAAAAACUGGUGGUACAGUUGUUGAUGAUCUGCAAGUGGUGGAUGUGUCAAUCAUUAACCUUGGUGAUUCUGGUGGUCCCCUGGUGUGCGGGCAGAAUAUGGCUUUUGGAGUUGUUUCCUUUAACAACAAUCGGAACUGUGACUACCCCAAUGUACCCAACAUUUUUACAGACAUAUCAAAAUUCCUGCCUUGGAUCAAAGACAUUCUCAAGAAAAAGCAGUGUUAA